CCUUGCGGUCAACUUCUGGAAGUGUUGCGUUCAUAUGCAUCUAGCUUCCUGCUGCUGUCUCGUGGUUGUUCUGCUACCAUCUGCACUCUCGUUCUCAGUGCAGUUUCUCGCGUCCAAGCAGCUUUGCGAGUUGAAACGGCACCGUGAACGAGCGGGAGCGAUGGCGUCGGUGUCACCAGCGGCAACGGAGAGCGACACCAAGAAGAGCGUCAAAGAUCUUACACUGGUGUUGUGCAGGAGAACAAGGCGGAUUUCGGAUACCGGCUCUGAAGGUGGUGGUGGCGGUAGCAGCAGCGGCGAUAGCAACGAUGAUGCCAACGAGAUACUCUUGGGCAUGAAGAAGCGAGGCUUUGGCGAGGGAAAGUGGAACGGUGAGGGCCAGCGAGCGAUGGAGAGUUGGUUGAGAGAGAGCCGUUUUGGGGGUAAGGUGGAGCGCGGGGAAUCCGUGGAGGAGGCGGCGAAACGGGAGUUGAUGGAGGAAGCUGGCGUGACCGCGCGGGAGCUUUCGUUGCGAGGGAGGCUGAUUUUUCAUGUGCCCUCCUACCACUCGGUCAUGAGAGUUCACGUCUACGAGGCGGUUUCGUACGAAGGGGAACCCGAGGAGUCGGAGGAGAUGCGACCACGGUGGUUCAAAAUCAGAGAUCUACCCCUAAAGGAAAUGUGGGCCGACGACGAGCACUGGAUGCCCCUGUUCCUGGAAGGGAAAUCCUUCCGAGGGGAGUUCCAUUUCUCAGACGAGCAGACCAUCCUCCGUCAUGUUUUGGAGGCCGUCACCCCACAGGAAAUAAUGGAAGUAGUCUUAAGUGAGAGCUAGCAUCGAUGCGAUACUGUAGGAGGGAGUCACGGACAUCUUGCCCGAGGUGGCACGUAGUCCGGCUCUCCGACGCACGAUACAUACCGCACGAUUAACUAGAUAUCGAACAGACUCCUCUUGACCGCCUAAACUUGCCCUGACAUUAAUUUUUACAAUGCGGCGUGUGUUGCCGUUUGGUUUGGAAGAGACGAUCUCAACCAGGUGUCGUUGUGCGUCGUACGCACUGCAGUGGACCCCCGCCCCCUUCCGCUUGUAGUACCUAGAGGGCAUAGCCCGCCCCCAGCGCGCGUACAGCACAUGUUGCUUUGAACUAUGGAUGGGGCGCAACAGGUGCGGGACUGUUUUGAGAAAAACACGCACACGUAAUGGUGUGUGCCCAAUGUCGACGUAAAGUACCGUUACCAUUUUUUUCUUGCUCAAAAUAAAUUGCGACAAUAUCAUGUUUUUCUUGCUCAAAAAAUAGUUGCGACUAUAUUACACUUACGUCUGAUGAACGGUAGUGGUUGGUGCGCCUGGGGUGCUCGACGGCAGGUCAAGAAACACGAUGAGACACACUGAAACAUGGAAAGAAACGAAAAAAAAAUCUGAUCAAAACUUACCCAAACGAAAAACGAAUUUCCCGACGUCCCCGGUCGCAAAUAACAAGACGCACCGCCAACCGAAGGGGCAUGGACCAUGAAUCUAUUCAUAAAACACCGCCGAGCACAAAAAAAAAAGGGCCGCAACACUCCACAACGCUCCGUCCUCUCUCAUGGAACAAGCUCUAACCGGUAAGGCGCGUGCAAGACGUGAGUACUCCCCCCGUCUCAUGAAAUUCCAUCUCUCUCGCGAGUCGUCUACCCCGGCCAUCCGACAGCCUGUUGCCUUUCUUUCCCGAUGACGGGCGAUUCUAGAUUGGAUCCCUCCCGGGUGCAAGUAACGUCCGUUGCUGGCUUCCAAGCAUGUGAUGUGCCCACAGCAUCAGAACCAGGUUGGACGUGACACUGCCAUCUCGGCCGCUUUUCUCAUCACAUCUUCCGAGAAAAAAAGAAGCCUGUUCCGAAAUUGACCAACGUCUAGAGAUGCGUCUAUCCAGGGAUCGGCUUACGGGCUACCCGUUGAAAAGCUGCCGACCCCCCC